GUCAGAGUUGGCUCCGCCCCGCAGUUGCAGGGCUGCUCCCUGCUGCUAUUUGCAGGCCACCACCUAUAUAUACAUCACUCUGUAUCUAUUCAUCUCCUCCUACACAAAGCUGUAAACAGGGUGGGAGGCUCGUAUAAAGUGCGAUGAUUUGAUUUGUAAAGGGAAAAAGCAUUUUACUUUCCCCACAUACAAAUUCUAGAGAGAGAGAGAGAAACAAAGCAAAUGAACAAUUAAUCCUUUCUUUCCAAAUUGCAAGCUUAUAUGUACUCGUAAUGUUUAUGGUGUAUCUAUCUGUGAAAAUUCCAUAUGUUCUGCUGGAAGGAACUUGUAACUUCUUCAAUCUGGGCUGAAGCGUAGGGUUUAGAGAGAGGAUGUGUGGAUUAAUCGAUCUGAACACUGUGAGCAAUGAAGACGACGAAGAAGCGACGGCGUCUCCGGAUACUUCGGACUUGACGGAGACUUCUCCGCCGCCGCCGACGGCGUCGCUGAGUAUGGAGCUCUGGCACGCGUGUGCGGGACCGUUGAUUUCACUCCCGAAGAAAGGAUGUGCUGUCGUGUAUUUACCGCAGGGCCACCUGGAACACCUUUCCGACUACCCUGCCGUGGCAUAUAACCUUCCCCCUCACGUCUUCUGCCGUGUUGUUGACGUCAAGCUCCAUGCGGAGGUAGCUACUGAUGAGGUCUAUGCGCAAGUGUCACUGGUACCAGACAAUCAGAUUGAACAGAAAUGGAAGAAUGGUGAUGUUGAAGUGGAUAACGAGGAAGAGAAUACUAAAGGAGAUAGAAAGUCAAGUACAUCACACAUGUUUUGCAAGACUCUCACUGCCUCAGAUACCAGCACCCAUGGCGGUUUCUCUGUCCCUCGGCGAGCUGCUGAAGAUUGCUUUCCUCCUCUGGAUUAUAAACAACAAAGGCCGUCACAAGAAAUAGCAGCAAGAGAUCUUCAUGGGAUCGCAUGGAAUUUUCGUCACAUCUACAGAGGUCAGCCACGAAGGCAUUUGCUUACCACUGGUUGGAGUGCAUUUGUAAAUAAAAAGAAACUUGUUUCAGGAGAUGCUGUGCUUUUCCUUAGGACUGAGGAUGGAGAACUUAGGAUUGGAAUCAGAAGAGCAGCUCAAGCUAAAUUUGGUUCUCCUCCUUCAGUUCCUUUUAGUCAACAAUUGAAUGUUAGUGGUAUUUUGGAUGUGGUUAAUGCAACAUCGAAAAAAGGCAUUUUCAGUGUCUGCUACAACCCAAGAGAUAGCCUAUCAAAGUUCGUCGUACCUUACAACAAAUUCUGUGAGAGCCUUUCACGUUCUUUUACACCUGGAUUGAGAUUUAAGUUGCACUUUGAAACUGAAGAUGCGGCGGAAAGGUACAAUGGAAUUGUGAUUGGGAUUGGUGAUGUGGACCCCGUGCGUUGGCCAGGUUCAAAAUGGAGGUGCCUAUUGGUGAGGUGGGAUGAUCCAGAUGACACUAGACAUAACAGGGUUUCACCAUGGGAAAUUGAGCCUGCUGGAACACUUCCCGGACCAAUCAAUAUGAUUGUACCUGCUGCAAAGAGGACCAGGAUUGGACUGCCAACUCCUGGGGAAGAUUUUACAGUUGCUGAUGGGAGAGUUGUGGACAUUGGUGAUCCACCCAGAUUUCCAGUCUUGCAAGGUCAAGAAAUUUUUGCAGUAAACAGUAAACGUUAUGAUGGUCCAGAGUACCUUCCUGGUUAUGACAAUUCAGAGAUUUCUACAAGAAGAAGAAACAUUAGAGCUCUGCUGUGUGAAUCAUCACAAGAAAGCUUUGCUGAACCUUGCCGGUUCAAUAAGGUCUUGCAAGGUCAAGAAACUUACUGAUAGGAACCCUCUUAAAUUAGACUAAUAAUAGAAGUAUUAAUAAGAAUAUUAGUAAUAAGGGUACUUGAGGUAUUGUAUAGUAUAAAUAGUCGGGAAAGGGAAAUUAGGGAGAAGGCUGUUUAGACGUUUCUGACUGGGACUUGGGUGAGCGAGAGCUAAUUCUCGUUCUUGGGGGGCUUCGGCUCAUUGGGAGGCUUCGGCCUUUGUUACCGAUAUUGUUUCAUCUUCUUCAUCAAUACAGUUUUCUAUUUUUGUUUCUUGAUCUUUCUGUAUAUUUUCUGGAGGCUCCUAUCAUUGGUAUCAGAGCUGUUACUUCCUGGAGAAGAAGAUCUGAAUCAUGGAGGAUUUCGACAUGACACCCCAGAUGGAAAAAAGUUUUGAUAAUAUGGACAGAAUGAUGAAGGAGACAAACGCUAGGUUAAAAACGAUGAUGGCAGAUAUGCAGGCUAGCUUCGCGGAUAUGAUUAACAAGCUUCAAAGACGAUCGCCAAAUCGAUCGCACACUUCGCGUAGGUCGCAUCGCGACCCUCAUCAUAGUUCGCGAAAGACAGAUCGAUCAAGAAGUAGAUCGCACACCUCAGCUGCAUCACCUCGCUCAUCUGCAUCGCAUCGUCCUUCUCACAACCAUCAAUCGCGGCACUCAGCAAGUCCAGAGGAAUCCGAAGAUGUGAGGCAUCGCAGAAAAUCUUGCGAUCGAACUGUUUCCUCGCCAAGCUCUUCACAGCGCUCUUCGCAGAGUUCUUCUCAUCAUUCUUAUCAUCGCUCUCUGCAUCAGAUUUCCUCAAAGGAUUCUCACAGUUCACAUUCUUCAUCUAAAGUCACUUCUCGAAAUUCGGAUAGUUCAAAGAAGGAGAAAUUACCUCUAUUCUACGAGGAGGAAGCUUAUGAAUGGAUAGAGAAGAUGGAAAGAUAUUUCCGAGUCCAAGUUAUAGCAGAAAGAUUUAAGGUGGACGUCGCAGCCAAGGCAAUGGGGGAAGCUGCAGAUGACUGGUUUCAAUGGUGGAAUUUUCAAAAGAGAGAAGAUAGUUGGGAGGCUCUAAAGGAAGAUUUAGUUAAGGAUUUUCCACCUAAACACCGGCAGAAGACAGGAAGGGCAGAAAGGAAAGAAUCCUCGAGGGCACGAAGAACUUCUUCCAGUCCGCACUCUAGAACUUCUUCAUUCAGUUUGCAGGAAUCAUCGUUAAGCAGGCAGCGAAAACAGGAGUCAUCGAGGUCAUCAAGAACUUCUCGUUCACAAGUUUAUCAAUCAGCGCCAGAAAUUUCCAAGUCAACAAAGAAGACCCAGAUGGAACCAACUGAACCUGUGAUCAAACAAGUGAAUAAGAAAGACGAAAUCAAGGAGAAAAGACAGGAUAUUCACGGGCCAGAUUAUGUUUAUUCUAAUCUUGCAGAGGGUGUGGAUUUAACUUCCAACCAAGUUUCUAUUGCUGACAAGCUUAUUCAGCCAUGUUCCUUUGGAAAUAGAGCCCUAAUUGUUUCUGAAACUGUUCUUGUCAAAAGUCAACUAUGUUUACAACCUAAGGAAAGGUUAUCAGAAAAAUUAUGUGUUGGUAAAAAUAAAUCUGGUACAGAGGCUCAGGAGAAGGAGGUUGGGCUUGUUUCAGGUGAAAUUGCUAUCAUCCAGGGAAACCGUACACAGAUUAAUGCUGCUGAUAAGUAUAACCAUGGCCAACACCUCGAAUUACAACAAGCUGAAUUACAGCCAGGGGUUGAGAGCAUGUUAGACUAUCUCAAGCCUGACUUACAUAAUUCAUUUAGAGUACAUGAAGGUUAUCUAUUGUUGGGAGAUAUUUCUGCAAUGACAACUCAUAACCUAUUACUUCCUGGGGUUUAUGAAUCCUUCACAAGGUUUUUACAGAGGUUGACCCCAAAGACUUAUCAGCAAAUUCUAGCUAUUAGGACUACAGGGGUGAAAUCCUUGUCAAUUGAUGACAUUAAAAUUGUUAGAGAAGUUUCUGGUGAUCCUAAUAACAGGAAAAUUAUCCAAAGUAAGAAGCAGGAAUUAUGGAAAUGGAGAGGUACUCCAAUGGUGAAAGAAACUGAAGAAGUAAAUUUUGCUAAGGGCUGCUGGAUAGUGUCUGAACCGAGGGAAACAUCACUUCGAAUCUCUUCUACUGCUGGAAGUUUUGCUAAUGGUGUAGGUGAUACACCUCAGGAAAACAAGGAAAUAUGCGUAGCUGUUGAGGGUCUGAAGACUAAGGAAGAAAAUGAAAAUUCAUCAAAGAUACUAUAUGCUGCAGUAAAGUCUAUGCAGUGGAAGAAUCAAGUAUGGAGGCUCUUUUUUCAGAAAUCAGUUAGAUAUUGGGAAGGUAGAAGCGCUAGGAAGAGGAAGAGGAAGCAGAAGAUUGUGGCUGUGUCAUAUAACCCACCUUGAGGGCAAGGUGGAUGUUUAGGGGGGGAGUAUUGAUAGGAACCCUCUUAAAUUAGACUAAUAAUAGAAGUAUUAAUAAGAAUAUUAGUAAUAAGGGUACUUGAGGUAUUGUAUAGUAUAAAUAGUCGGGAAAGGGAAAUUAGGGAGAAGGCUGUUUAGACGUUUCUGACUGGGACUUGGGUGAGCGAGAGCUAAUUCUCGUUCUUGGGGGGCUUCGGCUCAUUGGGAGGCUUCGGCCUUUGUUACCGAUAUUGUUUCAUCUUCUUCAUCAAUACAGUUUUCUAUUUUUGUUUCUUGAUCUUUCUGUAUAUUUUCUGGAGGCUCCUAUCACUUACCCGAGAUGGACGACACCACCCAUCCCAAAUCAUCACCACAGUCAAACACAACAACCAUCUUCUUCUCCGUUUCAUCGGGUCUCUUCAUCACCCCCUGUGCUAAUAUUUCAGAAGCAAUCCAGAAUUUUGGAUCUUCUCCGGCCUCAAUCAUCCUGUACGGUCUUCGGUUUCCCCAUAUUAUCCGAGGGAAUAAGUGGCCCAACCACUGAAGAAAGCUGUCCAUCUUCACAGGGUGAGACAACAUCUCAAGUGAUUUCCAAUGCAAUUGGAAGCAGUUUUCCCAAAGUAAAUGAACCUUAUGCCUCAAGGGAAGUGCUUCUUGAUAUAGCACUCUAAAAAGGGAUCUCUUGUGGAAGGAAGUGUUCAAAAGCAAGUGUCUUUUAAGAUUUGUGAUGCCUGUAAUAUAAUGUUGCGAGCUUGCUACCAAAAGACGUUAUUUGUUUUUGUUUAUUGUUUUGGGAUGUUGCAUCCACGAUAUUUAACAUAUAUUUUUAUAGUACAGUACCCCAGUGUGAGACAUUGCAAACUGUAUGCUUACUUUACAUUUCGUAUCUUAAACACGUAUUCACGUAAGAUUAUUUUAGAAUUUAUUUACUACGUAUUA